AUGUCAUGUAAAUUACAUAGAGUUCAUUUUUAUAAUCCUAAACCAGAAUCAAUUAAUUGUGCUUCGUUUAAUAAAAUUAAUAAAUCGCUUGCUCUUGCAAGAGCCGAUGCAUCGAUUGAAAUAUGGGAUUUGAAUUAUUCUCCAUAUCCCGUUAACUUUAUUCCCGGUGUAAAAAACUCUUCUGUGGAAGCUUUAGGAUGGGUUAACAAUAGGAUAUGCAGCAUGGUGCCU